CCCAGCUGAGCCGAGAUGGAAUUAGCCUCCGGCGGAAUAAGCCUGUCCAGCAGCGGGUGCUGGGUCUGCCUCUGGUCUGUCCCGAGUGCGGCGCAGUCCGUGUUCGGAGUCCUGUGUGCCAGCACCAUGGCCACCCCUGGGCUGCAAGACAUCCCCUUGCUCCCUGGCUCCCCACGCAGGCUGAGCCCUCGUGCAGUGGCCAGGGGCAGCCAGGGCGACAAACAAGGACAGCAACACCUCAAGGUGCCGGGUCCCCCAGCCACAGGUCUACAGGGAAGCUCCAACCAAGAUUCUGGCCAGCUGUCUGAUGAAGAGAGCUCCCACAGCAGCUCCGUCAUCAACAACUACCUGGAUGCCAAUGAGCCAGUGCCCUCGGAGGCCCCUCUGAGUCGCAUGCACUUCUAUGACAACCAAAGGAAGGUUGACUACGUGCUGGCCUACCACUACCGGAAACGUGGGGCCCAUCCCAGCCACAGCUCCCCUGGCCAGUCACUGGCCAUCAUCUCCAAUGGGGAGACUGGCAAGGAGCCCCAUGCUGGGAGCUCUCGUGACAUUGAGCUGGGGCGGCUGGAUGCCCUGGAAGAGGAGAGGAAGGAGCAGCGGGAGGAGUUUGAGCACAACCUGAUGGAGGCUGGGCUGGAGCUUGAGAAGGACGUGGAGAAUAAAAGCCAAGGAUCCAUCUUUGUCCGGAUACAUGCCCCGUGGCAGGUGCUGGCCAGAGAAGCAGAAUUCUUGAAGAUCAAAGUUCCCACCAAGAAAAUGUAUGAUAUCAAAUCAGAAGGCGGCAUUGCCAAGAAGUUCAAUGAGAUUCUGCAGAAUCUGAGCUCACCCCUGAAGCCCAGAGUUCCAGAGCAUAGUAACAACAGGAUGAAAAACCUCUCCUACCCAUUCUCCAGGGAGAAAAUGUACCUGUACAACAUCCAGGAUAAGGACACCUUCUUUGACAAUGCCACCCGUAGCCGAAUUGUGCAUGAGAUCCUGAAGCGCACACCCUGUUCCCGAGCCAACAACACAAUGGGCAUUAACUUUCUGAUAGCAAACAAUAUCUAUGAGGCGGCCUACCCUCUUCAUGAUGGUGAAUAUGACAGUCCAGGCGAUGACAUGAAUGACAGAAAGCUGCUAUAUCAAGAAUGGGCACGCUAUGGAGUGUUUUAUAAGUUUCAACCUAUUGACCUCAUCAGAAAGUAUUUUGGAGAAAAAAUUGGACUAUAUUUUGCUUGGCUGGGAUUAUAUACAUCAUUCCUCAUCCCAUCUUCUAUAAUUGGUGUGAUUGUGUUUCUUUAUGGAUGUGCAACAAUUGAGGAAGAUAUUCCCAGCAAAGAGAUGUGUGACCAGCAGAACGCCUUCACCAUGUGUCCCCUGUGUGACAAGGCCUGUGAUUACUGGAACCUCAGCUCAGCCUGUGGUACAGCGCGGGCCAGCCACCUGUUUGACAAUCCUGCCACUGUCUUCUUCUCCAUCUUCAUGGCUCUGUGGGCUACCAUGUUUCUUGAAAACUGGAAGAGAUUACAGAUGCGAUUGGGCUACUUCUGGGACCUGACUGGUAUAGAAGAGGAAGAAGAACGUGCCCAGGAACACUCCCGGCCUGAGUAUGAAACCAAAGUUCGAGAAAAAUUGCUAAAGAAGAGUGACCAGACUGUUGUCCAGAAAUUGGGGACCAACAUGCUUGAGAGUGAGGAUGAGGAUGAUGAUGAAGAUAAGCUUACCUGGAAAGAUCGCUUCCCAGGUUACCUGAUAAACGUCGUCUCCAUCUUGUUCAUGAUUGCCUUGACCUUCUCCAUUGUCUUUGCGGUCAUUGUGUACCGUAUCACAACUGCAGCUGCUCUGUCUCUCAACAAGGACACACGCUCCAACGUCCGGGUGACAGUGACAGCGACAGCGGUCAUCAUCAACCUUGUGGUCAUCCUCAUCCUGGAUGAGAUCUACGGUGCAGUGGCCAAGUGGCUCACCCAAAUCGAGGUUCCAAAAACAGAGCAGACUUUUGAAGAACGCCUGAUAUUGAAAGCUUUCCUGCUGAAGUUUGUCAAUGCCUACUCGCCUAUCUUCUACGUGGCCUUUUUCAAAGGGAGGUUUGUGGGCCGACCUGGAAGCUAUGUUUAUGUGUUCAAUGGUUACCGCAUGGAAGAGUGUGCUCCUGGAGGCUGCCUCAUGGAACUCUGCAUUCAGCUUAGCAUCAUCAUGUUGGGGAAGCAGCUGAUCCAGAACAAUAUCUUUGAGAUUGGAGUACCGAAGCUAAAAAAACUAUUUCGGAAGCUGAAAGAUGAAACAGAACCUAGAGAAACUGACUCUGCCCAUUCAAGACACCCAGAGCAGUGGGACCUAGACUACAGCUUGGAACCAUACACUGGACUGACUCCAGAGUACAUGGAAAUGAUCAUCCAGUUUGGCUUUGUCACCAUCUUUGUGGCCUCCUUUCCUCUGGCACCUGUGUUUGCCCUCCUCAACAAUGUCAUUGAAGUGCGGCUGGAUGCAAAGAAGUUUGUCACGGAGCUGAGGCGGCCAGAUGCUGUGAGAACCAAAGAUAUUGGGAUUUGGUUUGACAUUCUCUCCGGAAUUGGCAAGUUCUCCGUUAUCAGCAAUGCUUUUGUCAUUGCCAUCACCUCCGACUUUAUCCCCCGCCUUGUGUACCAGUACUCCUAUAGUCACAACGGAACUCUGCAUGGCUUUGUCAACCACACCCUCUCCUUUUUCAACGUCAGUCAGCUGAAGGAGGGAACACAACCUGAAAACUCACAGUUUGACCAGGAUGUUCAGUUCUGCAGGUUUAAGGAUUACCGAGAGCCACCAUGGGCCCCAAACCCAUAUGAAUAUUCCAAACAGUACUGGUCUAUUCUGUCUGCCCGUCUGGCUUUUGUCAUAAUCUUCCAGAACCUUGUGAUGUUCCUAAGUGUCCUCGUGGACUGGAUGAUCCCAGAUAUCCCCACGGACAUCAGCGACCAGAUCAAGAAAGAGAAGAGCUUGUUGGUGGACUUCUUCCUGAGAGAGGAGCAUGAGAAGCUCAAGUUGAUGGAUGAGACAGCCCCCAGCAGCCAGGGAGGGAGCCAUCAGAGCAGGAGGAGCCGGGCAGCCAGCUCAGCACCCUCUGGCCAUAGCCAGCCAGGCAGCAUCGCAUCCUCUGGUUCUCAGCACACCAGCGUGUGAGCAAGUCAGCCCCACUGCUGAGGGGGCGCUGCAGCAGUGAGAGACCAUUCACAAGCAUGUCUGUGCUUCUGCACAGUGUGGUGUCUGUCAUCUGCCAGGAUAUGUCACAAGGGGAUCUUGAAAUGGGUGUAUGUAUGAAGAGAGAGAGAAUGAGCUCAGAAAGGAAGUGAAAUGAUGCUGCUUCUUAGAAACUCCAAGAUUAAGUUUAUUUUACUGUAGCCUUUUGGGGAAUUGGUACCAUUUUGAGUUUCUCUAUCCCAGAAUUCCAAGGUACUGAAACCAAGGGUCCUUAUGACUUGGAUUAAAUUAGCUUUAAGUCCUAGCUCUAGACAUCAUAUGCCUCUUUCUAUUUAUACAUACCCCUCAGAGACCUAACCUUUUCCCCAAUAAUCAGCAGCCCCCAAAGCAGGAGAAGACAGUAGCUCAGACCUGACAAGUGGUCACAGGAUCCAGAUCUCUGUCAGGAUAAAGAUCACAUCUUCACCUAAGUUAUGUUUCAGUUCCCAAGCCCUCAAUAGGAACAAUCCCCUGGAUACUUCCCCAUGAGGGACACCAUAAAAGACCUCAGAACUGUCCUCAAGAUCUGAAGAAAUGAUUUAUUACACUCAUCUCACCUCUGACCAAUCAGCUCCCCACACAACCCUGAACCCCUAACCCACAGUGUCUUCUGAUUUUGCUCUAUAUAAUCUAUAAUCUAUACUCUAUUGGAGAGUUGGGCUUUUUUUUUUUUUCU